UCGAACCGGUUAAAACCGGGUCCAGUUUUGCCUUCUUUUUUUUCUUCAUUUGUUUUCAGAAACUUCCUUUCUGCAAAAAACAAAAAACUCGUCACCUCCACCGUGCGAUUGCCGCCGGCACCCCCUUCCCGCCCGGCCAAGGUGCUCUUCGACCGCGUCCUUACGUAAUCUCAUUCUCCCGAUCUGUAUCACCUUCUCAAUUCCAGUGAGAGAGGUGUGUUGUUGGUCCUGAAAAGGAAAAGCUAGCAGUAAAACGCUGCUGGAGUUGGUCGCAUUAGGAAGGAAGGGUUUCAACUGAUGUGUAGCUGCAAUUGAAAAUCUUGAAACUAUCUUCGAUGGAAAAAGGCAAUGGCUGUUGCUUCUCUAGUUUAUCUUCAAUUGCCACCCUUUCAAGUGUGGCUUUUGUUGUCAUCUUGAUCUUGGUUCGUGUUGUUCAUGUCAUAUAUAGUAGUGGCAGGCCCUUGAGCAAAAGAGCUUCAAAACCUGUCAGUACCCUUAUUAUUUUAGGAUCAGGUGGUCAUACUGCCGAGAUGCUUAAUCUAUUGGCGGUGUUACAGAAAGAUAGGUUCAAACCGAGAUUCUACAUUGCUGCUGCUACUGAUAAUAUGAGUCUUCAAAAAGCUAUUUUGUUGGAGAAUUCUCUGGCAUCUGAGAGUGGAACGGCCGUUGCUGAUACUGCACAAUUCAUGAAGAUUUAUCGAAGUAGAGAAGUGGGUCAAUCAUAUAUAACCUCAAUUUGGACUACUUUAAUUGCAAUAGUGCAUGCUCUAUGGCUGAUGAUUAAAAUUAGACCUGAAGUGAUACUUUGCAAUGGACCUGGAACUUGCAUUCCCCUUUGUGUUAUUGCAUUUAUAUUUAAGGUGCUAGGAAUCAGAUGGUCGUCAAUUUUCUACGUUGAGAGUAUUGCAAGAGUUAGAAGGCUCUCCUUGAGUGGCUUGCUCCUAUACAAGUUGUGGUUGGCUGAUCAAAUUUUUGUUCAAUGGCCACAGUUGCAACAACAAUAUCCCCGAGCUACCUAUGUCGGUAGACUCAUGUAAUCAAUUGAUAAAUUUGUAUUCUGCAAUCAACGAGCUUCAAAUUUUGCUUAUGAUGUUGCUAUAAAGCUAGCUAUUCAUGUAAGUGAACUUGUUUUAGUCGUUUUACGUUUGCAAUUUUAUUCUUCUGCCUUUUGUUACUUGUAAACACAACAACUUUUAACAUAUACAAGAUUUGUUUAACUAUAAAAAAA